CCCUCCGUCAGGCAGGAAGGCAGCUCUCUCGCUCUGUACAGGCGCAGUGUGUACAGCUCGGCUGGCCUCCCCUCCGCACUGAAUGGACUAGAUUCCCGGCCACGUAAGAAGCACAGCGGUACCACGGGAGAGAGGAUGUCCUGCUGAAUCAAGGGAUUGGCCUGGGAAAGUCGGCCGGCCGUCCCUUCCUUCCUUUCCAUCAGCUUGCAGACAUACAAGGCAAGACGACACUUUUCGUUCAUUGGACAAGAGAAAGAGAGAGAACGACGACUCCCGCACACAAAGAGCCACAGCAGUUUUUCCGGAUGGGGUUUUUUCCUUAUGUAGUAGAUGACAAUCACCGUGCAUGGAUGUGAUCCUGGAGAACAAGGCCGUGCACUGACCUGGUACUCGUUAGCCAAAAAAGCUAACUAGUUUGCUCUGCACCUGCUAGCCAAUUAUUUAUCUGGCAAAUUUCUAAGAAAUUCAGCACCUAUAAUUAGCUCGGGAAACUUGCUGUAUUUGUUUAGCUUGUGCAUGUUUUUGUGUCUGCAAGCUGUAUCCAACAUAUUGUUUCCGUUUUACGAAACGUGUUAUACCAUUAACCGGCAAGAUAAGCUAACAGACAAGCUGCGGGUUGACUUGGCACUUCAUUCAUUUUAAAAGCUAACUUUUAGUAGCCUUUGUUGCAGCUUUGUCUUGCCUGUCUGCUCUCAACGUUAACGAAAUUGAAUCACGUUGCUAGAGGUUUUCCCCUGACUCUGGCCGGUAAUUCUGUAAUUUAACUCUGGCCUUAUCUCUUGAAUGUAAAACAAAGGGGGGGACAAAUGUGCGGUGGAAAAAGGAGGUCUCUUUUGUUGAAUGAAAUACGGUGAGCCAAUUUUGCCUGUUGAUACACAGCUACAUCCUCUUACACCACGGUGCAGUAAAAUCGGAUAAUCUAGGGCUUCUUUUGCAUACUUCAUUUAAGCCUAAUUAAAGUAUCGGACAGUUGUCUCAUUGCACUGAGUUAACGAAGCGGUGCCCUCGUUGAGGAAGAGGAGAACAAGGAGAAACCCCCCCGGUUUUGUGGAGAUAUCACACUUAUUCCUCAUGAACAUACAGAGGUCAAAUCCAAUUAACAUUUCACGUUAUGGGAGAUCGCGACAUAAAUCGCACGAUUUCGAAGAAUUAUCUUGUUUAAGGACUACAGAGUCGCACCAGAGUUUCAGCCCAAACCUCGGCUCCCCCAGCCCGCCGGAGACCCCGGACUCCUCGCACUGUAUUUCCCGCAUCGGGGACUACCUUUUGUUGGAGCCGCUGGAGGGAGACCACGUUUUCAGAGCCGCCCACCUGCACAGCGGGGACGAGCUCGUAUGUAAGGUUUUUGACAUUGGCCGGUACCAGGAGUCACUGGCACCCUACUUUGCCCUGGGCCAGCAUCAGCAUAUUAACCAAAUCCUGGAGAUUUUGCUCGGGGAGACACGAGCCUACGUGUUCUUCGACAGAAGCUAUGGCGACAUGCACUCUUUUGUCCGCACCUGCAAGAAGCUGCGAGAGGAUGAAGCUGCCAGGCUUUUCUAUCAGAUAGCCUCGGCUGUGGCACACUGCCACGACAACGGACUGGUCCUCCGUGACCUCAAACUGAGGAAGUUUGUCUUCAAAAAUGAAGACAGAAGCCUUGUAAAGCUGGAGAGCCUUGAGGACACUUACAUCCUGGCUGGUCACGAUGAUUCCUUGUCGGACAAACAUGGCUGCCCAGCCUAUGUCAGUCCAGAGAUCCUCAAUGCCAACGGCAGCUAUUCGGGAAAGGCAGCUGAUGUCUGGAGCCUGGGUGUCAUGCUCUAUACCAUCCUGGUGGGGCGCUACCCUUUCCACGACGUUGAGCCAAGCUCUCUUUUCAGCAAAAUCCGCAGGGGUCACUUUAACAUCCCUGAGACGCUGACACCGAAGGCCAAGUGCUUGAUCCGCUCCAUACUUCGUCGGGAGCCGGCAGAGCGCCUCACCUCACGGGAGAUUCUGGAGCACCCCUGGUUUGCGUCCUCUGGGGUGCUGGGGGGUGCUCCAGCGCACAGUAGAGGGGAAAGGGAGCAGGAGCAGAUGGUGCCUGAGGUGAACAUGGAGGAGGAGCUGGAGCAGUUCUUCAGCUGAACAAAUACCAAGCACAAACGGACGACUCCGCCACGGUCGGCUCACCACGGUCACAUCAGAGCCAAAAACAGUAGUUUAGAAAUAAAUAGGUGAAUUUGUCACUCAUAAUAAAGGUGUUUCCAUCUUGUUUCCUUUUCCACCAUUUCAUGGAAAACCUUGAGCCUGGCAUGACAAAUGGCAUCUAUAUAUCAUCUGGCGACGCACGUCCCCGGUCGGGGAUGCUGCCGCCGGACAUGCAAGUCGCAAACAAUGUAGCAAAUGUUCUUUUUCUCCUUUUUUUUAUGUGUUUGGUUUAAUGUGGUGCUCAUAAAAAAGUAGACACAUUUACCAUUUUUGACACUAUGGAAAGCAUGAAGGGACAUAAGGACACACGAAACAAAGGAGAAUGUUUCUAAAUGAACUGACAAACUGCAGCACCACACCUUUUCUGACAUUUAUUUUAUUUUUUUUUUUUUUGGUCAUAGCUGUGGCUGGUAAUGAAUUUAAACCACAGACCCAGAGUCGGAAGCAAUCCCAAGUUCAGUUUUUGAACUGAUACGAGGUGAUUAACCUUGACCUGGGAACAUUUGUUAGGAAACAGUGUCUUUGACUUUUUUAUUUAAUUUUAUUCCCCCCCCCCCCCCCCCCCCCCCCCCCUCAUUCAGUUCAUUAUAACCUGCACAUUCGACCUUGCCUUUGUUUCAUGGUUAAGUUUAAUUUGUCUCUUUUUUGCAUUACUGAAAAUUCUGUCACUAAACUCCUUGGUGGCCUUUUUUUUCAGUCAUUUCUGCCUCUUUUCAGCAUUUUAAGCCUCUACAUAUGUUGUAAACAUUUUAUUUUCUUUUUUUUAAGCUAUUCCAGUUGUUACUGCUGCUUUAAUGUCACUCGCUAAAUGUUAAUCUUGAAUUAUUUUUCUUGAUAAUCCUCCCAACAUGGUAUGAAGCACUUGAUGUGUUUUGGUUAAUUUAGGUUAAAGGACAAUUCUAACUUUUUUGUUUUUUAAUAUAAAAAAAAAAGAAAAUUAGCUUCCUUUAUUUAAAUUCAUCAGUUGUAGGAACAAGAACAUGUCAUUUAUUUAAAUUCUAACAACUAUAUAAAUAUAUAUAAAUAAAUCUAAAUUUAUAUAUUUAAAACUACAUUGCAGGGGUUUUCUUUAUCCAGAGAUUCCUCCUUUUUUUUCCAUGUAUGAUGUAGGCAAUAUCUUGACACAGGACAGGCACUAAGAAGAAAAAUGUCUGUCUGAAGUUUUAGAAAACACAAUAUUGUCUGUGCCAGUAUUCCUGUGCCCCAACAGGCCAUGCCACCCAGUCUCCCUCACUUAUUUUUAAAAACUUGAUACGAGAUAUUCAGUAGUAGUAUUUGCUAUGACAUGCUCACUCCAUGACCUCAUGUUAGUUUUCCGACUGCCUUUGUAGGUUCUGUGAAACGAUCAUGCUCGGAAUGGGUACCAGUGGACAUGUUUUGUCGUAUCUUAAUGUUACUUGAAUUUGUGUUUUUUAAUCUAGUCAUCGGCAUGUGCUCCAUGAAUGCUAUAGCCUACCUAGCAAGGGUGAGGGUGGGGUUGGGGAUGGGAGGAUGCUUGUAGUUUUUUUUUUUUUUCCUUUCUUCCCCUUUUUAUUUUAUCUUCUUUUUUUUGUUUAAAGAAAAGAAAAAAAAACAGGAAAAAUCUUGAUUUUUGCUAUUUUUCAGAGUUGCUUUUCAAUAACAAACAAGCAGCUGGAUUUUUUUUUUUUUUUUUUUUUUUUGUAGACUGAGCUACCUUUUAUUUAAGUUGGUGCUGAUUUGGUGCUAAUGUUUAGUCCUUUUUGUUUCAUGGAGGGGGGAUGGUGCAUGGUGGGAUAUCUGCCUCAGAUGUUCUGAUUGUAUUGUAACAGAUUCUGGUGUUUUUGUCCAAAUUUAUUCAGUAAAUAAAUUGUGAACUGCUA